UAAUACACCGGUCUGAACUGUAGGCGUAAACAAGGAAAUUAUUUUAGCAGUGCAUGCAAAAUGCUGAAUGUUAGAGAAGUUGCUAUUUAAGGAAAGAUGGGUUGAGCUAGUGUGGUCACACAGUGGUGAUUUUGUUGGCAAUCUCGUGAUUUGCCUCAUCUGUAGUUCAACUACUGUUAGUUUUAGAAGUGAAAUGUAUCAACUAUGCCUAUACCUUGUGGUUCUCUUGGUAUUUUACCAAAUCAGUGUGCAAUGUUUGAACCUGAACGUCACAUCGAAAACAAGACCUAACAUUGUAAUGGUGAUGUCUGAUGCCUUCGAUGGAAGGUUGACAUUUGCCCCCGGCAGAGAUGUUGUUCAGUUGCCUAAUAUCAAUUACAUGAGGGAAUUGGGAGCCAUAUUUUUGAAUUCCUACACAAACUCUCCAAUAUGUUGUCCUUCAAGAGCAGCUAUGUGGAGUGGUCGCUUUGUCCAUUUGACUCAGUCAUGGAACAAUUACAAAUGCCUUGAUCACAAUGCCACCACAUGGAUGGAUCAGUUGCAGCAAAGUGGAUAUCGCACGCUGAGUUUAGGAAAAUUAGACUUCAAAUCAGGAAGUCACUCUGUCAGCAAUCGGGUGGAGGCCUGGACUCGAGAUGUGCACUUCCGUCUCCGUCAGGAGGGUCGACCUGUGGUUGACCUGGUCCAUAACUCGUCCACCGUGCGAGUCAUGACCAAUGACUGGAAGAACACAGACAUCGCCUCAGAGUGGAUACGCCGCAGCACUGCACAGUCCCAGCCCUUUGCCCUUUACCUGGGUCUUAAUCUGCCACAUCCAUACAAAACUGAUUCUCUGGGCCCCGACGCUGGUGGCUCCACAUUCCGCACAUCACCCUACUGGCUGAAAAAGGUGUCAUAUGAACACAUCUCUGUGCCGAAGUGGCUCCCUUUCUCUGAGAUGCACCCAGUUGACUACUACUCCACCUUAACCAAGAACUGCAGUUCCAGUUUCUCACAAGAGGAAAUCAGGAACAUUAGGGCCUACUACUACGCCAUGUGUGCAGAAACAGAUAGCAUGCUGGGUGAAGUGAUCUCAGCCCUUCGUGACACAGGGCUACUAAAUAGCACAGUUCUCCUCUUCACCUCUGACCAUGGAGAAUUGGCUAUGGAACACAGGCAGUUCUACAAGAUGUCCAUGUUUGAGGGAAGUUCCCAUGUUCCUCUGGUCAUAAUGGGACCAGGAAUAAAGUCUGGAGUUCAGCUUAGCCAACCUGUCUCUCUGGUGGAUGUCUACCCUACAGUAAUGGAGUUGGCUGGUAUCCCAAGCCCUGGUGGUCUGAGUGGUUUCUCUCUGUUACCCCUUCUGUCUGGGUCCAAUGGCUCCAGGCCAAACUGGGUGCUCAGUGAAUACCAUGGCUGCAAUGCCAACGCCUCCACAUACAUGCUGAGGAUGGACCACUGGAAGUACAUUGCCUAUGCAGAUGGCACUAGUGUUCCCCCACAGCUGUUUGAUCUUUCUAAGGAUAAAGAGGAACUAAAGAACCUGGCCUCCUCCUUACCUGAAGUGGUCCAGUAUCUAGACUUGCUACUGCGCUCUGCAGUGGAUUACCCCAGUGUCUCCAAAGAGGUUCACCUCUACAACAAACAAGAGUUCCUUUCGUGGAGACAGAGCCUGGGAAGCAACUACACUCAAGUUAUUGCCAGUCUGCGCUGGCAUCUGGACUGGCAGAGAGAUCCUCAACGCAAUGAGAAAGCCAUUGAUGAAUGGCUGAUGGGCCUCCAGUGACUUAUUUCGUUUUAACUUUUUUUUAUGGAGGACAAAUUUCUGGAUCUCAUUCAUAAUGUAUGUUUUGUUCGUCAAUUCAUUUCAGUUCAAUUCAGUUUUAUUUAUAUAGCACCAAAACAAAUGGUAUAAAGGCGCUUUACAGAGCCCAGAGCCUGAACCCCCCAGGAGAAAGGUGACAUCCUAUGCAUAUUAGUCAGUUGGCAGCUGCUUUUAGCAACACUUAGUAGUAGGUUCAGUUCCUAGGUAGUUGUCUUCGUUUGACUUCAUGAUCAAUUACUUUGCAUCAAAACUUAAGGUCUGUAGUCCAGUAGGAACCUCUUUCUAUUUGUCUCUGUUACUCCUUCACUCGUUCACUGAAGUUGUAUGUGGCAUGAACUUUUUGGCAGCUUCUGCCGUGAUAUGUUCACACAUUUAUCAGAUAUAAUACAAUAAAAAAAAUUAUGAAAUCUAUUCUACAUAUAAUAUUAUAUUACGUCUUAUUUUACAUCACAUACUGGACCAUAUGUUCAGGUCAUGGAGCGAUGGCAAAUUGCAGCCAAUCACGCUCUCAGUAGAACAAAUGGUAUGCAGCAGCCUGCUUGUCUUUGGCCGUGGAGGCAGUGUACCAGAUGGUGAUGGAACAGGUUAGAAUGGACUCAACGAUGGCAGUGCAAAAGUGCACCAUCAUGGCCUUUGGCAGGUUGAACUUCUUCAGCAGCCUCAGGAAGUUCAUCCUCUGCUGAGCCUUCUUUAUUAGGCUUAAUUCAGACCUUAAUGUCUGUAUAUUUAAAAAAAAAAAAAAAAAGAACA